AAAAAAAUAUUUAUCAGUGCUAAAGCAGUUGCUGCAUCGAGUGAUAAAUUAUAUUUAAUUCCAAAUCAUGUAAAAAAUUAUCAGAAAAUUAAGAAAAAACGUGCCAAUGACUAACAAUUAGUAACAAGUGACUUUUAAUAAAAACUUCAACAAAAAAAAAAUAAAUUCCUUAAAAAAAUUUUAAAAAAAUUGUUGCUCCAAAUAUGGAAUUAAGUGACGACAACGGUAGACCCAGUGACGUUUUGCUAACAGAAGUGAAUGUGCCCGUUACUCAAAAUGCCAGAACCGGUCUCAAUCAUCUAGCGAAAUGGCCAUUGGUGGAUUUGUCUUUUCAAAAUAUCAAAUAUGACAUCAGUGAUUUUGGGGCGACAAAACCCAUUCUUCACGGUGUCAGUGGCUGUUUCAAGUCACAACAGCUGACUGCAAUUAUGGGACCAUCUGGAGCGGGCAAAAGUACUCUACUGAAUAUUUUGGCGGGAUUCAGACAACAAUCAUCCGGUGAUAUAAAAAUAAACAACAAAUCUCGUGAAAUGGACACGUUUCGUCGGAUGUCACGCUAUAUCAUGCAAGAAGAUGUCUUUCAUCGAAUGUUGACCAUCCGAGAAGCGAUGAUGGUUGCGGCAGACCUCAAAUUAGGGAACGUUUUUGACAAAAAAGCCAAGUCAGAGAUUAUAGACGAAAUUUUAGAAUUAUUAAGAUUAACGAAGGCUGGCGACACAUUGGGACACUUGCUUUCGGGUGGCGAACGUAAAAGGCUCUCGAUUGCACUCGAGCUGGUCAAUAACCCACCGAUAAUUUUCUUGGAUGAACCAACGACGGGACUGGAUGACUUAUCAAGCUCGCAAUGCAUCUCGCUGCUGCAGCACGUUGCUCACGGAGGUCGUACUGUAAUUUGCUCGAUUCAUCAACCGUCUGCCAAAAUCUUUGCCAUGUUCGAUAAUGUGUAUAUUUUGUCGGAGGGACAUUGCGUGUUUCGAGGGCCCGGAUCGAAUAUUAUUGAAUAUGUUGAGAAUAUUGGAUUGAAAUGCCCGUUGAGUUAUAAUCCAGCGGAUUUUAUCAUUGAAAUUUCCUGCGGCGAAUACGGCAGACGGUACAUUGACAAAAUGAUCGAAAACAUUGACACAAAUUGUCCCCUUGACCCAAGUGAUAAUCUUACCAAAGCAACAAAAAAUUCCGAAGAACCAAAUUUAGGCGAUUAUGAAAUCGAUGUGAAACACUUGAAAGCCAAGUCAUCCGAUUGGGAUCAAUUCCGAACGUUGCUCCGAAGAAAUUUAACAGAAAUUUUCCGGAAUCGUCAGUAUUUAAUGAUCAAAUUUUACACACACAUCUUCUUGGGACUCCUGAUCGGGACCCUUUUCUUCCAAAUGGGGAACGAUGCCUCGAAAACUUUGUACAAUUUUGGAUUUUGCUUCACAAUUAUCAUUGCCUUUAUGUAUAUUCCGUUGAUGCCGAUACUCUUAGAAUUUCCCAGUGAAGUUAAGUUGCUAAAACGUGAGUACUUUAAUCAGUGGUAUCGAUUGAUUCCGUAUUACUUCUCAUCGAUGAUCGCAAAAAUGCCGAUUCAAUUGUCCUUGGCUGUCAUGUAUCUCACGUUGUUGUAUAUUCUCACGGGACAACCGCUGGAAUGGCAUCGCAUGACAAUGUUUUUCACAAUUUCCUUACUCGUGUUUCUCGUUUCCGAGUGUUUUGGCAUCCUUGUGGCAUCACGAUUGAGUGUUUUGAACGCAAUGUUCACGGGACCAUGUCUACUUGUGCCUCUCAUGCUGCUUAGUGUCUACAACAUUGGCGGCGGAAUCUCAAAUGUACCAAAAUACAUGAGAGUUCUGAUGUCUGUGAGUUAUUUGCGAUACGGAAUGGAAGGUGUUAUCGAUGCCAUUUACGGUUACGGUCGAGGUGACAUGGAAUGUCCUGACGAGGAAGUUUUUUGUCCUUAUAAGAAGCCAUCAUUCCUGAAACAAAUCAUGGGAUUUGAAGAAGUCAAUUUCUUCACAUCACUCGUUGCUUUGAUAUUUUUCUACGUUAUCUUCAAUUUAGCUGCCUUUUAUCUCAUUAGGCGACGAGUAAUGUGUCAGUCGUAUGAUAAUUACUACAUUAAGUACUUUCAGUCGUUGUGUGUCAAAUAUAUGAAUAAUUUUAAGAGGUAAUUUUGUAUGUUAAUCUAAUCUAAUGUGAACUGAGUUCAUGAUGAAUUACAAAAAAAUGUUAUGCAAGGGCAAUAUUUUGAUAUGAAAAUAUUUAAAUUUUAAGGUCUUCUAGGCUAGGUAUUUAAAGUAAUUGUAAAUAAAAAAAAUUA